AUGGCAGCUCAAACUCAUGAUGCACUCCUUGAUGCGCACGAACUCGAUGCUGAAAUGAAGGACAUGACGAUCUGGCUUCAAGCGCACACUUUGCCUUCGAAGUGGCGGCGUCAACUUCUCAUUCACUUGGACACAAUACACUGCCAAAUGAGAUUUUGCCGUGAGCAACUGCUGCAUGGAUGGAAGCUAAUACAUCCGCCAUUUCACCAGCCUAGUUUAGACUUGUUCGAUCGCAGACUUCGGCUUUUUGAACAAUCGGUGCAGCUGCUUGCCGCAGCCAUCAAGGAAUGCAAGAGCAAAAUGCUCAAUGCGGAAGCCCUUGCAGCUUGUCGGUUUAUACAGCUCUGGACUCGGCAACUCCUAGCAAAGCGAGGAUUUUACACUAAAGUGAUCAACCUAUCAUUUCACCACCGAGGCAUCGUGGCUGGCAUGUUCGACUCAAUAAAAGGCACAUCGAAGCUUACGACUCAUGGUCGGAACCAAAAUAUCACUCUUGAAUACCCGCGCUCAGAUAACAAUUGGGAUAGUUUGAACAAGUGA